AAUUCGAAGGACUCGGAUCGGAAAGUCCUCAAGAAAAGGGAGUAUUAUCUGAUACCGAAAUGACCGAUGAACCAGCAACACCAUCAGGAGCUCCAGGAGCUCCAGGAGCACCUAAACAACCAGCAGGUCCAGGAGGUCCAGGAGAAAGCAGCCCAGCAGGACCAGCAGCUACCGGAGCACCAGGACCCAAUUCAAGCGGAACACCACCAGCCCCCGGAGGCCCCGCUCCCGGAUCAAGUGGAGCCCCCGGAGCCCCCGCCCCUGGAGCCCCAUCCCCAUCUGGUGCUGCCUCUCCAACUGGUGCUUCUAGUCCUAAGGGUAGUGAACCUGCUGCCGCUCCAAAGAGCUCAGGAGCUGCUCCCGCCGGUGCACCUAAAUCAAGCAAUGCACCUGCAUCCACUACCGCUCCCGCCUCAGGUGCCGUUUCAAGCAUUCGUUUCAACGGUUUUGAAUUGAUUGUUGGAUCUUUUGCUGCUUUAUUGAUCG